AUGACGGCAGAGGGCGGCGACGAGGACGGGGAGGACGGCGAGCGGGCCAAGGCGGCAGACCCGUUCGCCAAGGCUGCGUCGCCCUUCGUGAAGGCCGGGGCCCCGAAGCCCGCGGAGGAGUCCUCGUCGCCGUACGUGAAGGCCAGGCCCCCGCGGCCGCCGGGCGACGAGGCCGCGGAGGAGCCCGCCGAGCCGCCCGUGGCUGCGCCCGCGGCCGCGCCCCCAGGGAGGAAGCCAACGCUGCGCGACGUCCUGUCGGGAGAGUAUGCAGCGUUCGCGAAAAAUUGGUCGGCGGACAAGGCGAACGAGUUCCAGCCAGAGGUGGUCGAGUCAAUCUACAAGAACUUGAGGUCCAGCAACUUCAACACCAGCAACCUCAUGGCACUGGAGUUCAACUCGUACCUAGAGCGGUAUCUGUGGCCUUUUUUCGAGGCGGGGAAAUCUAGCACCUCGCACUUGUUGUCGAUCGCGCUGCUCGUAAACGAGAAGGUGCGAGAUGGAAGCGUGUCUGCGUGGGAUUCCAUUGCCGUGCACAAGGCCAAGUUCGCAAGCUACUUCGAGUGCAUGCUGGACCUGUGGAAGGGUGGAAAGGCGAGCCUUCGAGAGAAGACCUUCCUGCUGCAGUUCCUCAUCAACUGCUUUCAGAGCCUCGAGCAGGACUCGGUUCCCGCGCGCUCUGCGGCCGAGGCCUGCAGUCGUGGUUCCACCUGA